ACAGCUUAGAGGAUCACUAGCUAGCUAACUGUCUAUCUAACUGUCUAUCUAACUCCCAAGAGAUGGCCUCCAAGCAAGUAUGCUUCUCCUGUUGCACACACUUCUGGAGGAUCCUCUUCAUGAUCGUCAACACUGUGUUUGCUUUGAUAGGUCUCGGGCUGACUGGACUAGGGAUCUACCUACUAGCCUCUGGUAACGACCUUCAGUUCAUCACUGGCAACCAGUACGCUAACGGAGGAGCUCUCAUCUUGAUCGCCGGACUCAUAACCUUCAUUAUUGCGCUAGUCGGUUUGAUCGGAGCAGCUGGCAUGUGGUCUUGUGUCAUUGCCUUUUACAUUGUCUUCAUGACGCUUGUGGUAAUACUGGAGAUAGUGGCGGGGGUACUGGGGUUCGUGUAUCAGAUGGAGUUGGGAGAGAUUGUGGCAGUCCGGGUCACUUCUGCAUUUGAUACUUUUAACGCUGAAGAUAACGAUGUCACUGCUCUGGUUAACUUCAUGCAAGGAGAGUUCCAGUGUUGUGGUUAUGAUUCGUAUGAGGACUGGUUAGACACGCCCUAUCUGAACAAUACUCAACUAUUCCCUGACUCAUGCAACUGCACCAAUGCCUCGACUGUGGACUGCAUUAGUGUACCUGAGGUACCCAAUCAAAUGAUCUACGAUCGCAACUGCAGUGCUGGCGUGAGGUCUUUCCUUGAGGAGAACUUGAUUGUCAUCGGGGCAGUGGGAAUCACGUUCGGAGUGCUUGAGCUAUUUGGGCUGGGCAUUAGCAUUGCCUUGUGUGCUUGCUUCUGCUACAUCAAAAAACAUGAGGACGAUUAUAACUUUAAUAAGGCUGUCUAGUUGUGAACUGUGUGCACAGAUCAAGGUGUUUAAUGCAAGUAUUCAAACUGCUGUAAUAGUAAUCAAUAGCUAUGUACAUACCCCCACCCUGUACCCCCCACCCUUCACUGGCUGGCUGGAAUAUUCAGCUGUAUGUUUUCAUGUCACCACUUUUCACUUGAAUUUAUUUAUAUUAUAAUUAUUUUAAAGACAUGUACAUAUAAUUAUUAUGAUAAUUGAACUGUAUGAUUGAAAACUGA